AAAACAUUCGUCCCCUCCAACCAAACUAUAGACGAUCCAAACGACGACGAAUCGGGUCGUCCCUCCCUCCACCCUCCUUAGAGGACUAGAGAGAGACUUCAUCUAGAGAGAGAAAGUGAGGGUGCUGGAAAAGGGUAGAAGAAGAAUGUCAGAAGUAAAAGACCCAGCGAUCAAGCUGUUUGGGAAGACGAUUCCAUUACAGCCCAACGAGGAAGCCUCGGGUCAGCCCAAUUCAAUCACUUCUUCUCAGGAUAAAAACUGUAACUCACUCGGAGAGUCUCAAGAAGACAACAAGAAACCUUCAGAAAGUGAACUAACUGGAAGUAAAAAGGAAGAGAGUUCUGGCCCCCCUACUGCAGAGGAGUUAGUUGAUCUACCAACAUCAUGUGAGAACCCUAAAACACCAUCUGUUGGCAGCGAAACUUUGUCACCGAAAUCUUCCAAGAAUGAGGAACAUAGUGAUACUAAUAUCUCACAAGAGAAGACACUGAAGAAGCCUGAUAAGAUUCUUCCUUGUCCUAGAUGUAAUAGCAUGGACACCAAGUUCUGCUACUACAACAAUUACAAUGUUAACCAGCCCCGUCACUUCUGCAAAAACUGUCAGCGGUACUGGACUGCAGGAGGAACUAUGAGGAAUGUGCCUGUGGGUUCUGGUCGUCGUAAGAACAAAAGCUCACCUGCUUCACAUUAUCGUCACAUAAUGGUUUCAGACGCUUUCCAAGCAGCUCGAGCUGAUGCUUCAAAUGGGAUUCACCAACCUUCUUUAAGAACCAACGGCAAUGUACUUACUUUUGGCGCAGAUGCACCCCUUUGUGAAUCCAUGGCUUCUGCAUUAAACAUUGCUGAGAAAUCACAGAAUUGUGUCCCAAAUGGGCUUCAUGGAUAUGAACAGGGGAUCUCUGUUUCUUGUGGAGGGAGACGGAAUGGGGAUGAGUACUCGUGUGUGUCUUCAGUGACAGCUUCAAAUUCAGUAGAGAAGGGAGGAAAUGUCGGUUUACAAGAAUCACUUCUGAAGAAUUAUCAAAGCUUUCCUCCUCAAGUACCGUGUUUCCCGGGACCUCCUUGGCCUUGUCCAUGGAAUCCAGCACAAUGGAUGUCUGCAAUUCCUCCACCUGCUUUUGGCCCUCCUGGCUUUCCCAUGCAAUUUUAUCCCACGCCACCUUAUUGGGGUCUACCAGGUCCUUGGAGUAUGCCAUGGCUUUCCUUGCCACCUUCUUUGCCUAACCACUCUGGUGUGAGCUCGAGUCCUAAUUCUCCAACCCUAGGGAAGCAUUCAAGGGAUGGUAACAUGAUUCAACCAUCAAACACAGUGACAAAAGAGCCCUCAAACGUAAACAAUUCUGAGAGAUGUAUUGUGAUUCCAAAGACUUUGAGGAUUGACGAUCCAAAUGAAGCUGCAAAAAGCUCUAUAUGGUCAACACUCGGGAUUAAGAAUGAGAAGACUGAUUCGGUUAGUGGGGGAGGUCUCUUUAGGGCAUUCCAAUCAAAAGGUCAUGAGAAAAAUCAUGUAGCCGAAACAUCUCCAGUAUUGCAAGCCAACCCUGCAGCCUUGUCUCGGUCACGCAACUUCCAUGAGAGCACAUAGUUAAUGACAGCUGAAAUGUUAUCGUAAAUGUUCUAUAAUGGCAACAGCUUCUUGCUAACUCCCGAAACCGGAAGUCGAAGAACCACUGUUGACCAUAUGACCAUGUUGAUUACCAACUUCCCUGGAGGAAUCUGUGUGUGAAGCAAUGCAACUUAGAUGUAAGAGGAGCUGUCUCUAAUAUGCUCAAUUAGCAGCUACAUUUUAUAUCUUUUAUCACAACAGUAAGAGUAGUGCUUUUUGGAAGGAGCUUAGAUAGUUUGCUGAUAAGUGUUCUUGUACAUAUAUAUACAAGAUUGUUGGUGGUAGAAUAAUCAAAGAGAUUUUUGGAUGCAACAGUAAUGUUUGGAAUAAGAUGUGAAUCUAAAUCAGGAUUUUCUUUUCAAGCAGUA